UUGCUUUUGAUCAUAAAAUAUAAAAUUUCUUAAAAGAGUUUAAUUAAUUAAUUUCACGCAUCAAACGUAAAUUCUAAGUGCAAAAACUAGUAAAUGGUUAAUAUAAUUAAGUCUAAUAUAGUGGGAAAUUGAAUUAGUGACGAUAUAAUGUGCUUUUGUUGAUUUUUUUGAAGAAAAUUUAUUUUUUACUUUAAAAGCUCUUGAAUUUUCAUUUUAAUUAUUUUAGAAAAUCAUUGUUUUCGUAAAUCAUAGGAAAAAAACAGAGCUAGAAGAAUGACAGGGACAUGAAUGAAUGAAUGAUUUAUAUUGUGAUAUUCUAGGAGAUUAGGAAGAGUCAUAAAAAAAAUAUAUAGAUAUAUAAAUAGCACCUAUAUAGUUGUGUAUUGAAUUACCUUUCGUGAGUGUUGGAGUAUUAUGGAAUGAUAUAUAAUAAAUGUAAGCAAAAAACUCACAGUGAGAAAGUGAAAAAUAAAUGCACAAAGAUUAAAAUAGUUGAAAAAAAUGAUAUAUUUGAAACUAUUCGUAUGGAUUGAUAUAAAGUAUAUUCGAUGAUCAUGAACUUAACGCAAAACAAUUACUGUGGACAAGGCCCAGGUCCACCUAUAAUAAAUAAAACAAAAAAUGCUGUGAAUAAUAGUUCAACAAAGUCUAAUGAAAUAAUAUCAGCUCAUAAAGAAAAGAUCUUGGAACAAUGUUCGGAUCGUUUAGUGACGGGCCCAUCAUGUAGAGCUUUGAAAACGGCCGUGUCUGCACUUUUUUCUGUUGACGAUUUUCAUCGAGAAAAAAUUGGCUCAGGAUUUUUCUCAGAAGUAUUUAAGGUUACACAUAGGACGACUGGCGAAGUGAUGGUACUUAAAAUGAAUCAGUUAAGGUCUAAUAGGCCUAAUAUGCUGAGAGAAGUUCAACUUCUUAACAAAUUAUCACACCCUAACAUACUAAAGUUUAUGGGAGUUUGUGUACAGGAGGGUCAGUUACAUGCACUUACAGAAUUUAUUCCCGAUGGUUCUUUAGAGCAGCUAAUACAAAAUAAAGCAGAAUAUGUUUCUCCUACGUCCAAAAUACAAUUAGCAUUAGGAAUUGCCAAAGGAAUGAAAUAUGUCCAUUCAAUUAAUGUAUUUCAUCGUGAUUUAACGAGUAAGAAUGUGCUUGUAAGAAGAUUUUCAAAUGGAGAACUAGAUGCUGUUGUUGGAGAUUUCGGUUUGGCAGCAAAAAUUCCCAAAAAGUGUGGAAAGUUUCGUUUAGAUACUGUUGGCAGCCCAUAUUGGAUGAGCCCUGAAUGUCUUAAUGGGAAAUUUUACGAUCAAAGUAGCGACGUAUUUUCGUAUGGGAUAAUUUUAUGUGAAUUAAUCGCCCGAAUUGACGCUGAUCCAGAUAUUCUUCCUAGAACAGAUGCUUUUGGUCUCGACUACAUUGCAUUUGUUGAUCUCUGUCCCAGUGAUACUUUACCAGCUUUUUUAAGGAUUGCAUUUUAUUGUUGCAAUUAUGAUCCGAAGAACCGUUAUACGUUUAACGAUGUAGCAAAAAAAUUGACAUUAUUGCUGGAUGAUCGAAAUAAUGAUUUAAUUGAAGACAAAACAAACAGUAUUAGCCCAAGUAAUAAUAGUUUAAAUGACAUCAGCAUGUCACCAUCAAAAGAAGAUAUUCAAAAUAGCAAAUACAAUAAACGAAAUUCAAUAGACUCAACAUUGAAUAACAAUGAUAAUAGUUGCAAAGAAUCGACAAACAAUAAGUCUUAUAAACAUUCAAUAUCAGAGUCGCCACCAAAACAACGAAAUGAAUCCAAAGUUCUUCCGUAUACAUCAUUAACGUACCGACGUUCCUACUCGAGCGAGAAUAUUAUGCUGCAUACAGUACCAGCAGAUAAAGCUCGAUGUCAUCCACUAUUGAAUCGAACGAACAACACGUCUCAACAGACUAUUAAUGAGACCGAUUCGAAUAUGACGUUGAGGAAAAUAGCUGAAACGAUGCUUUUGAAAGAUCCAAAAUAUAAGCCUCGUCCGAAGGAGAAUUCAAAAUUGAAUCCGUUUACAAAUCUUGCACAAUUACGUGGAGUUAAGAAAAUUAUCGGUGCCAAUGCAAAUCAACUCACACCAGGUACAAAUGAUUUAUUUAGUUCUUGUUUUGAGAUGUCUUCGCCGUUUUUAAAAAGUUUAAAAGAAUUAAAUUAUACAAAGAAGAAGAAGAAAAAUCAGAUUCCGAAUGAGCCAAAGAGUUUACCAAGUUCCCCGUUAAUUAAACGAAAGGACUUUAAUGUUGAUUCCCUAUUGCCGAAUUAUGAAAAUGUUUCGUCCUUAAUGCGCAGCGAUAGUAGUGCUAAAUGUUGUAAAAAGUAUUUUGAUAAGCUUCAAAAUCAUCCGCUAUAUAAAAAUGGCAAACAAGAAGAGACUGAUUUGUGUGGUAGUAAUAGUUGCAAGUUGAGGUGUGUAGAAUCAAAUGAUGAAUUAAAAGAUUUAUCGAUACCUCUUCCGACAAAUAGAAUUAUUGGUUUAUCAGCGAAUCCAUCCAACAUAAAAUUUACAAAUACAAAUUGCUAUGAGUCAAAUUGCUUAAUGGAGCCUAUAUCGAUGGCAGGUAAGUCAUUAUAUGAAACACCUCGAUUGCUCACAAGACGAGGAUCAACAGAGAGUGGUUUUUUUUCGUGCUUGAACGAAGACUUUUGUGAUAAAACACGUGAUUAUGAUCAAGGAGCGUGUUCUUAUUUCUGCACAUGCUGUUUAAUGUCAUCAACACCGUCAACUAGUAAUGAAAAAAAAGACGAUACCUCAAAUGUUUCAACAUCGAUUUCUUUGCGGAGUUUAGAUGAUUUAGAUUUGACAGACACGAAAUUAAGUCAAAAAUUACAGCAUUGUAUACAUCAUCGAAUUGAUGUAAACACAAAGUCUAUUGAUAUGGGUCUUAUUAAUCGACUUACAUUAGAUAGCGAGAUAAAUUCAAUUAUUCAAAAGCAUCAAUUAUCGAAUCAACUGUUCUAUUGUAAAAAUCGCACAUCUUCCAUUUAUUCAGAUAGCAGUGAUUCACUCGCAGGAUCAGAUUCCCUUUUAUGGGACGAUCGUUCAUAUUCAAUACCAAAUACGCGCUCGGCACAAAUAGCAAAAAUUGUAGAAUAUUUCGAAAGAAAAGGAUCUAAUUUCUCUGCGUCCAACUUUUCCGUCUCUGGCCUAAAGUCAAACUUUUCCUCGUCAACCACGUCAGCUAGUAAUUAUUUACCUUCAUCAAAUUACCAUCAUCAUCAUAAACAACUGACAGAUUAUUUUGUUGAUUUACGUCGAGAUUUUCACGACAUAGGCAGUAAUAAUGAUAGCAGUAAUCCAAACUUAACAUUCAAAAGAGAUUAUGAAACUUUUUGUUUCGACUUUACAGAGAAGAAACCAUCCCAAAAUUUUCACAAGAUUUGCGAAGGAUCAGUUAGAUCCAAAUUGCCAUUAUUCGAUAAAUCAAAGCAAGGUAAUCAAUCAGAGAAAUGAAUUUAUAUGACUCUAGAGUUGGUAUUUUUCAUGUGUCAAUAUUUUACAUACCUAUUUUUUUAAACCUAUUUUUGUUUAAAAAAAAAAACAAAACAUUUGAGAAUGAACAAAAAAUUAGUGCAAAAAAAUCAUUUCAAAUUCAAUCACCAUAGAGUGUCAGAAAGUUCUUUUACUCAAUGAUUGUAUGAUUCACACAUAGCUAUAUGGAUAGACUGAUUGAUUGUCAAAUUUUUGUAAUGCUUUAAAUUUGGGAAUUUUCUGAAAUUAUUAUCAAGGGUAAUUCAUUUAGAGGAUUCAAAAGAAAAAUCAAUUUUUACAAAAGCAUCAUUUGUUAACGAAUCCCUUGAUCACUCUUACAAAAGAAAAUUGUAUAAUAAGUCUUAGCCAAAUAGCAUUAUAAAAAGAUAUCUUCCAUGAAAAAAAGUCGUAUAUAUUCAAUGAAUAUUAAAGAGGCUAAGAACAUUUAUAGAUGAAUUGUUUGAAUUCGUUAAUCCCUUUAAAAAAAAAAUAAUAUAAUAUCUAUAUUGAGAAUUGUUACUUCCAAAAUUAUUAAAUAAAUUUUCUGUAAUUUUUAAUGAAAUCGAUUUGAAAUUUAUCAGCAAUAACUUUUAUAAACAUACUGAAACAUAGGAAAUAUAUAAGAGAAUUAGCUCUUUCCAAAAAAAAUGUAAUAGGUUUUAAGAACUUCCUCUUCAUGUUAUCAACUGUUUUUUUUUCUGUAAUUAAAACAGAUUAAAAUACUUAUAUACUGAUAAACGUCUUCAAAUGAAUUGUUCUUUCAAGUGUGAACAAAAACAGUCAAUAUUAUCGUCUAUAAAUACAUAGUCUGAAAAUAAUUGAUUUCGUGAUAAGCAACAAUAAUGUAUGAGAAAUCCUUUAAAGUACUUUUUGGGUAAAGCACAACGUCUAUUCAAAAUUUAAUGAAUUCAGUUAAUUGCAAAUUGAUUAAUCAUCUUUUUUUUAAAAAGAAAAUUGUGUUUCCAAUUAAAUAUCUAAUCUUUUAUCUAACAUUUUGAACAUGAUUUAUUUGUUCAUUCAUAUAAAUAUCAUUAAGUCAUGGGACAAUUGCAAUAAAUAAUAUUUUAUGUUAUAUUAUAUUUGAAUUAAUCAU